AUGAUUGAUUUAGGAAUGAGCGGCAUUGAGAAUGGCUUACCUGCUCACUCUCAUCCAGCCGCCGGCGCCGCCGCCGCGGGUGCCCCGGGCGCUGCCCCCGCGGGGGCCUCGGGCGUCGCCGCGACCACCUCUCGUGCCACCGGCGCCACCCUCGUCGCCGGCAUUCCUCCUCCCCUGCUCCCUGUGCCGGCCACGGGCGCCUGGCCGCCUCCCCCUGCGCCAACCCUUGGCGCGACUGGAGCAGGGGACGCGGCGGCCCCGGCCGCGAUUGGAGCAGGGGACGCGGCAAUUGGAGGAGGUUCCGCGCGUGCAGGCUCGGCCCCCACCCCCGCCCCUGCCCCUGCAAUCGCUACAGCCGCUGCUGCUGUAGGGAUCCCCCCUGCUGCUGCCGCUGCAGCCCCUACUGCCAUCGGCGCCAGGGCCCUUCCUGUGGGCGCGUGGGCCCCCAGCGCGGGCGCUCCUCCUCCUCCUCCCUACCGCGGGCAGGGCAUGCCCCCCGCGGACGCUCCUGGCAACGCCGCGGCCCUCGUCGCGGGCUCGCGGCCCCUCGUCGCCGGAGCUCCUACGGCCAACGACACCCUCGCCGCCGUCCUGGCGCCUCUCGCGGCCAGCGGCAUUGCCCCUGCUACCACGCAGGAGGUGCUGCGGGACCUUGAGGCCAAGCUCGUCUAG